UAGCCCUAAUUGUUUGUUCAACAAUACUAUACCAGUAAUUGCAAGGUAUUUAAAUUGUUUGGAGUUCUACUCGUGCAAACCAUGCGCUGCACGUUUCAUUUCAGCAGCAAACGAAGCUAACCGGCCAAGUUGUGAACAUGUGGAAACCCAGUGAAGUGAGCGAGAUGAACAGCGUAUGUCACUAGAUUGAGAAAAUCCUCUGGUCGUUCAGUAAUAAUUUAACUGAGAAGUGGCGUGGGUUCUUUCACUUUGUAAAGAUUAAGAAACCUCAUCUUCCACAAUCCUCUCCAUUCUUCUCUAUAACAGGUUCAGAGAGGUACAAAAGGUACAAAACCGGUAUGACUGUGGAAACUCGAUAUAUCACUAGACUGGGAAAAUCCCCUGGUCGUACAGUAAUAAUUUAAGGAGUGGCGUUGGGUUCUUUGACUUUACAAGGAUUAAGAAGCCUCAUCCUCCACAAUCCUCUUUUUUGUCCCCUAUAACAGGUCCAGAGAGAGUCAAGUGUAUCCACUGAUGUUUAGUGAGCAGACGAUUCCUGUUUAUUGUCACAUGGAAAACUUUGGAUGUGGAGAUGGAGGAUGGACACUAGCCAUGAAGAUUAACGGCAAUAAGACAACUUUCCAUUACAAUUCUCACUUUUGGAACGACACGAGAGGUUAUAAUCUUACAGCAGGUCGGAGUGGGUUUGACACACAAGAGACCAAGCUACCAACCUAUUGGAAGACAUCCUUCUCCAAGAUUUGUCUCGGCAUGAAGAUCGGUCAACAGACUAACUUCAUUGUCAUCAACAAGACGGCCAACUCUCUGUACUCACUGAUCGCUGACGGGCAAUACCGCGCCACCUCAUUGGGCCGUAACACAUGGAAGAAGUUGAUUGGCUCACAGGCCUCCUUACAGCUCAACUGUAACAAAGAAGGGUUCAAUGCUGUGGGAAAUAAUUAUUUUCAAUCGAAAGCAAGAAUCGGCAUCACUAAUAACCAGCAAAACGACUGCAACAGCUGUGAUUCCAGAAUCGGGUUUGGUACAGGAGGAGACGAUGAUGACAACAACACGUGUGGAAACGAAGCAACUCACUCACCAGAUAAUGGAAUCAAACACAUCAAAGCCAUGGGUUAUAUUUUGGUGCAGUGACAUGAACUAGUACUGUGUGAAAAAGCUUUUAACAUCUCAGUGGAUUAGCAUUCAUACUUUUCUAUUUUGCGAGAAUUAGUGUUCUGUAGAACAAAUAAAGAAUGGUGAUGGAAAAGCAUUUCGCAGUGUUUUACGUCAAGUAAUAAUUAUUAUCAUUGUUAGUUUUGUCGCAUACAUCGGGGAAUGGACAAUCUUCACCACCCUCGUGGUUACAUUUUCUUCCGACAUAGGUUAGGCACAACUCGCUGAAU